ACGGGCACUGAACUGAAGGGCAGCUUAAGUCUAUUCAGGUUGUGGGAACGAGUACGCAGUGCUCAAGACAUAUCCAGGAUGGCCUGCACUGAUGGGGAUAUUCUGCAUUGGGAGAAACGAAUCUGGAACAAAGCCCAGGACUGUAAGCCUAUACAAGACGUUACGCAAAAGUGCGACUGGCCUUUUUAUGAAGUAAAAUUAGUGCUUAUCAUCAUUCGUGAAGACGGAAACAAAACAAACAUUUACGAUGCCCCAGAAGUUGCUCAUCAGUGGUUGACACAAGCAUUAGAAGAAUGGCCGACACAUGUAUAUUUGCAUAAAGUGAAAGUGUUUCCUAUAGGAAGCGCUCUUACACGCUCCAGUGGAAGUGCAAAGGGGGGAACCAUGCAACUGUUUGCCACCAGUCCUGGACUCAGCCAGUUUGAUUGCUUGGCUCACCUGAAUGUGAUUCCUAAUGCUGAUGUAGGACAAAUGCAGGAUGAACUCACUGAGAUCCUCGCCAAGCGUUACAAAAUUGACCACUAUGAAAUAAAAACAGAUGCUAACUUCAUCUUCAUAUAUCCUCUUGAUGAUCUCUUGCCGGACCUAGACACAAACCCACCCUUAACCGCGACUGAGUCUCUGCAUCGUACAACUGAAACACGAACAACCACAAUUCCUCAGCUGACGUCUACAACUACUGAAAUUAUUACUACUGCAAAAACAACAGGCACAACACCCAAUCAAGUGGCAAUAACAACAGAAGUUGUUUCAUCCUCAACUGAAACAAAAAAAAUCACUACAUCCACACCAUUCAUGGAAACAACCCUGGCAGGAAGUUCCACGAUUUUUUUAUCCUCCACAAGAAGUCUUACAUUAAAUACAGCCGCAUGCUCUUCUACUAUUUCACCUGAAGGAAACAUAUCAGAAAGUUAUUUCAGUGUCAAUGUCAAUGUGACUAUCAAUGGCUCUGGUGACUCUGAGAACAUAAUUACAACCUGGCUUCAUGAAACUCUUUCUAGUAAAGGAAUACACGUUUUGCACUUUAAACUCUUGACUUCCUCAACACAUGCACGAAAACGAAGUGUGGAAACAAAAUCAUUCAAAGUGGAUAGAAAGCGGUCUCUGCUUUCAGUAACCAGCCAUAGCUGUGGCUUUCAUGCCCAGGUAACAACUUCCUCAGACAUCAGAGAGACAGAAAAAUGGAUUCAUGGGCUUCUGGAAAAACAAUACACCAGUGGAGCAGUAUUCUUAUAUGCCCAACCUGAGGACAUUUUAAUUUCUUAUAUUGGGCCAUGUCCUGAGCACAACCAUCACACCAGGCAAGGGCUUUUCAAUUGGCCUCAAAUUAGGGUUCGGCACAACACCUCACUUUCCUGUGUGGGAAACCCUGAAAAGAUAGCCUAUAGGCAAUGUCUUCUGGAUGCAAACGUUGGAGCUCUUUGGAAAUCUCCAGACCUGGGGCAAUGCCAGGUUGUGGUCAAUAGUGUGUCAGACCUGGAGGACAUUACAGUCACUAAUGACAAUGCAGAAGAUAUUCUGAUCAUGAUUGAGGACUUGAUACAUGAGAACAAAAAUCUGGAUGAGUACGAGCUCUCAACGGUACUGGAUAAACUAGCCGAUGUGAUUAACAUUAGCGUGAUCACGCCUCUGCUGGGAGAGGUCAUCAUCAACAUCACAUCUGACAUCCUGGAGUCUGACAGCAACCUGCUGCCUUUCACCAACAGUAUUCUGAACAUCACAGAGUCUGUCGGAGACCAGAUGUUAGGGUUCAAUGGGGAUUCAGUCAGUUUAACAGCUCCUGCCUUAGCAAUAUCAGUGUUCAAUAUUGACCAAGGACAUUUUCACAACCUUACCUUUGGAGUCUCUUCCACUAACAAAGGCUUAAACCCUGAGAUUUAUAUCAACCAGGAGCCUUUUGAUGGUACAGUGGCCUUCAUUUCUCUGCCCUCUGAAAUACAAGAGCGAUUCCCCAUUGUAAACAACACCAGCCCACGUGUUCAGUUUCAGUUUUAUGGAGUUCCGACUCUCUUUCAAACAAAGGUGACUUCAUCUUUACUGAACACUUACGUGGUGUCUGCAAGUGUGACUAAUGCCACAGGACGCAUUGAAAACCUAAAAGAAUAUAUUGCUGUCACUCUGCACCAUCUAACAACUAAGAAUGAUGUCCAGUGUGCCUACUGGGAUUUCAAUAAGAAUGAUGGAUAUGGUGGAUGGAAUCCAAAGGGGUGCUGGACGUAUAAUAGCAGCAGUGAUUACACAACCUGUCUGUGUGACCACAUGACCCACUUUGGAGUGCUGCUGGAUGUGUCCAGAACUCCCAUUGAUGAGAAGAAUGAGCAAAUCCUCACUCUUAUUACAUACAUGGGCUGUGGUGUGUCUUCAUGCUUUCUUGGGAUCACAGUGCUAACAUACACCCUUUUAGAGAAGUUAAGAAGAGACUACCCAUCCAAAAUUCUGUUGAAUCUGUCUCUUGCGUUACUGGGACUGAACCUGGUGUUCCUGCUGAACUCCUGGAUUUCUUCUUUUGGCAUCUAUGGCCUGUGCAUUGCUGUGGCGGUGACCUUGCACUAUUUCCUACUGACUUCCUUUACCUGGAUGGGCUUAGGGGCUGUGAAUAUGUACUUUGCUUUGGUUAAAGUUUUCAAUGUGUAUGUGCCCUCAUACAUCUUGAAAUUCUGCCUGCUUGGCUGGGGGAUUCCACUUAUUAUAUGUGGCUUGGUGGUGGCUAUAAAGAGAGAUGCAUAUGGCAUGAACACCAUGAGUGAUUCUCAAAUGACACUGGAUGAUUCGGAAAUGUUUUGCUGGGUGCAAAAUGAUGUGGUUUUCUACGUGUCAGUAGUGAGCUACAUAGCCUUCAUACUGCUGUGCAAUGGCUCCAUCUUCUUAGUGGUUCUGAUCCAGAUCCGAAACAUGCAAGUCAAUCAACCGGCCGGCACCCGAAAUGGGAUCUUGAAAGACCUGCGGGCUGUGGCGAGCCUGACCUUCUUAUUGGGUCUCACCUGGUCUGUGGCUUUUCUCGCUUGGGGUCCUGUUAAAGUGUUCCUCCUCUACCUGUUCUCCAUACUGAACAGUCUUCAAGGUUUCUUUAUUUUUGUGUUCCAUUGUCUCAUGAAGGAAAACGUACGCAAGCAAUGGAGAAUACAUUUAUGUUGUGGAGCUUUCAAGCUGCAGGAAUACUCUGAAUGGAGCCAAACUGCAACUGUGGUUCCCAAACACAAACCCAAUCCACCAAAUACGUUUCCUUUCAUGGCAUCUGUGAGAUCCAUCAAGUCUAAUUCAACUCAGAGCUCAACGGUUUCCUUAGAGUCCAGUCAACAUCAAAUGACUAUCACAAGACCCGACCUUGGAUUUGUAUAUGAAAACACUUUGGUAAUACCAAGAGCCAGAACAGGAUUGAUAGUUCUUCCAUAUGAUACAUCUCCUGCCACAGCAAGUGGGCUUGAGUUUCCUUCAAGGCCAUGGAAGAAUUUAUUUGACACAGAUAUCUACCCAACAUAA